AUGAGAAUAAAUGUCUUUAAGCCUAAUGAACUGAAAACCAUUAAGGACUCAGAAGUUGAUUCUGGCGACGCAUCCGGUCGAGUCGUGGGUGGUUCAGAUGCGCCAGACGGUGCCCUUCCCUACCAAAUAUCUCUGCAGCUAACGAAGCGCGACUUCGCUCAUAACUGUGGCGGUGCCAUAAUUGCUGACAGAUGGGUCCUCAUUGCUGCGCAUUGUGUGACUGAUAAAUCUCCAAGUGACAUGGUCAUUAUGGCGGGAUCCAACUUACUCAGUGAGGGAGGCACUAGAUAUAAAAUUGACAAAAUCUUAGUCCAUCCAAAAUACACCUCCAAACCAAAUAAGAAUGAUAUUGCUCUAUUGAAAACUGCUGAGAAGAUUAAAUUUACAGACAAAGUUAAACCUAUCGAAAUAGCAACCGAGGACCCCGAACCAGGAGAAAAGUGUAAAUUAGCUGGAUGGGGAUACACUACCCAAAACAGGAAGAACCUUCCUGACAAAUUACAAAUGUUGGACGUGAAAAUUAUAUCGGAAAACGCAUGUAAAUAUAAUUUUGAUUUGCGACAAUUUGAAAAUACAUACCCUAUUACUCCUAACCACAUAUGCACUUUUAAUAAGGUCAAAGAAGGUGCUUGUCAAAGUAAGUAA